GCACUGCGUUCUGGCGAAGGAAAUUCAGCUGCCAACUCGGCCUGACCACAUCUACAUUUGAAGAGUCGCAAUCAACAAACAUAACAAAAAAUACAACUUUUAUACCAUCGAAGACCAAUAUAUAACAAAAUAUAUCAUAUAUCUCUAGGAAAACUCCUUUACGUACAACAGAAGCACAAACUUUACAAGUCAAAACAAUAGUUCAUUGUUUAGUUGCGUGGGGUGAGCCGCGGUCAUGGCAGAAGCCCAUCAGGCUGUGGCCUUCCAGUUCACGGUGACCCCGGAUGGCAUCGACUUGCGGCUUUGCCAUGAGGCGCUCAAGCAGGUGUGGCUGUCGGGGGCUCGCAACUGGAGACGCCGCGUCACCUCCAUCAAGAAUACCGUGUUGACAGGGCUGUACCCUGUGCACCCAUCGAGCUGGAUGGUGGUCGCCGUCGGCACGAUGGGAAGUGUGUACCUGCGCGUGGACCCCUCGAUGGGACUCAUCGCCCGGAUCCGAGAUGCCCUCCCCAACGGUGGCCUCAUUUCGCCACACAACAAGGAGAUGCUGAGCGCGGUGCUGUUUGCUUCGGGCCUGUGGGGAGCCAUCAUCCUAACCAUGCGCUACACACUCAAGGGUCUGCUCACCUACCAUGGCUGGAUGUUCCAGCCCCACGGACGCAUCUCCCACGCCACCAAACUGUGGAUUCUGAUGGUGAAGAUCUUCUCCGGUCGCAACCCUCACCUUUACAGUUUCCAGUCGUCGCUGCCCAGGCUGCCCGUGCCGUCUGUCCACGACACCAUGAGUCGCUACCUGGAGUCGGUGCAGCCCCUCUUGGACGAGAAGAAAUUCCAGCGCAUGGAGGGACUUGCGCGCGACUUUGAGAAGAACCUGGGCCCCAAGCUGCAGUGGUACCUGAAGCUUAAGUCGUGGUGGGCCUCAAACUACGUCAGCGACUGGUGGGAAGAGUACAUCUACCUGCGUGGGCGCGGACCCAUCAUGGUCAACAGCAACUACUACGCCACGGAUUUUCUCUACGUGAAGCCUACGACCGUGCAAGCUGCCCGCGCGGCAAACGUCAUUCACGCCAUGAUGCUGUACCGCAGGAUGCUGGACCGUGAGGAGGUUAAGCCGAUGAUGGUGCAAGGAGCCAUUCCAAUGUGCUCGGCACAGUACGAGCGCAUGUUCAACACGACACGGAUACCUGGCAUUGAGACAGACGUGCUCGAGCACAGGAACGACAGCAAGCACAUGUGCGUGUACCACGCUGGCCGCUUCUACAAGGUCUGGCUCUACUUGGGCGGGCAGCUGCUGGGCCCGCGCGCUCUGCAGGAGAUGCUGCAGCGCAUUCUGGAUGACCCCUCGCCCCCGCAGCCCGGAGAGCUGCACCUGGCCGCCCUCACCGCGGGGGAACGUAUCCCGUGGGCAAAGGCUCGCUCAAGCUACUUUUCAGAGGGCCGCAACUUCACGGCGCUGCAAGCGGUGGAGAAAGCGGCUUUCUUCAUCUCGCUGGACGACACGGAACAGGGUUACCGGGAUGACAGCUCAGGGUCGCUUGACGACUACUGCAAGUCACUGCUGCAUGGAAAAUGCUACGACCGGUGGUUUGACAAGUCCUUCACGGUCAUCGUGUUCAAGAACGGCCGCAUUGGGCUCAACGCGGAGCACUCGUGGGCCGACGCCCCCAUCAUGGGCCACCUCUGGGAGUAUGUGCUCGCCACAGACACGUUCAAGUUGGGCUACACGGAGGAAGGGAACUGCCGAGGGGAGGUUGGAUCCCUGCCGCCCGUACAGCGCUUGCAGUGGGACAUAACAGCUGAGUGCCAGACGGUGAUAGAAAACUCGCUGGCGGUGGCACAAGCGCUUGCGGAUGAUGUCGACUUCCACAUGUUUCCAUUCCACGAUUUUGGCAAAGGCCUCAUCAAGAAGUGCCGAACGAGCCCCGACGCCUUCAUCCAGCUGGCGCUGCAGCUGGCGCACUUCCGGGACAAGGGCUGCUUCUGCCUGACGUACGAGGCGUCCAUGACGCGCCUCUUCAAGGAGGGCCGCACGGAGACCGUACGCUCGUGCACGGUGGAGUCAACCAAGUUUGCCCGCGCCAUGCAGGACCCCUCUUGCACG